CGGCCUGCCCUCUGUGUUUACUUCACGCAGCUGAAAGCUCGGGGAGGGAGAGGGAGAGAGAUCCUGAGUUGACAGUGUGACACAUUAACACGGGGACUCGCUGGAAUGAUCCGUGGCCGGUGUGCUGUCCUCGGUACCGGGAUUUUCACUGAACUGCGGUCUCGUUAAAACCUUGCGGCUCACCGUCCGGAGCCCCGCGCGCUCCCGCAGGUGUAAAUGUGCCAGAAUGGACGCUGCUUCAGAUUCCUCUGUGAUCAUAGCGAAGUGGGACUGAACUGAGUGGAGCACUCAAAACCCGAAAUAUUUGCCACAACCAGUUGAGUAUCUUGCUAUCAAAUCUACCACAAGGAGAUCAACAGUUAGCCCAGAAUUAGCUCAAACACCACCACCACCAACCUCACGUACGUUCAGCCUAAUCAGGAGAAGAUGAAGGACUGACAGCCGAAGACCGGCAGGUGACAGAAGGCAGCUCCGACCUCCCCAUCCGCCAACCGCCAUGGCGGGGCUGAAGCGCCAUCAUGAUGGGAAGAUUGCAGGGCUGUACGACCUGGACAAGACGUUGGGUCGUGGACACUUUGCUGUGGUCAAACUGGCCCGCCAUGUAUUCACUGGAGAAAAGGUUGCGGUGAAGGUGAUCGAUAAGACGAAGCUGGACCCGGUCGCACGGGGUCACCUUUUUCAGGAGGUGCGAUGCAUGAAGAUGGUGCAACACCCCAACGUGGUACGCCUCUACGAGGUCAUCGAUACAGCCACAAAGCUCUACCUCAUCUUGGAGCUGGGCGACGGAGGAGACAUGUAUGACUGCAUCAUGAAACAUGAAGGAGGCCUCAGCGAGGAGGUGGCCAAGUGUUACUUUGCCCAAAUCGUCCAUGCCAUCUCCUACUGCCACCGGCUACAUGUGGUGCACAGGGACCUGAAGCCUGAAAACGUGGUGUUCUUCGAGAAGCAGGGUGUCGUCAAGCUCACUGACUUCGGGUUCAGCAACCGGUUUCAACCUGGGAAAAAACUAAACACCUCCUGCGGCUCACUGGCCUACUCAGCGCCUGAAAUACUGCUGGGGGAUGAAUACGACGCUCCUGCUGUGGAUAUCUGGAGUCUGGGCGUGAUCCUCUUCAUGCUGGUCUGUGGUCAGCCCCCCUUUCAGGAGGCUAAUGACAGCGAAACGCUCACUAUGAUCAUGGACUGCAAAUACACGGUGCCGUCGCACAUCUCCCAUGCAUGCAGAGAUCUUAUAGGCCACAUGCUGCAGAGAGACCCCAAGAAGAGAGCGACCCUAGAGCAGAUUGAGAGCCAUCAGUGGCUUCAAGGUGUCGACCCCUCCCCAGCCACAAAGCUGUCUACUCCUCUGGUGUCCCAUCGCAGCUUGUCGGAGGAGGAGCAUGGCUCCAUCAUCCAACGCAUGGUGCUCGGGGGCAUCGCAGACAGAGACGCCAUAACUGAGGCUCUGGAGUCUAACCAGUACAAUCACAUCACAGCUACCUACUUCCUGCUGGCCGAGAGGAUGCUGAGGGAGAGACAAGAGAAGGAGCAACACAGCCAGACACGAUCACCCAGCCCCAGCAAGGCCCAAUUCAGGCAGUCUUGGCCCACCAGAGUGGAUGUUCACCAGGAUGUCAGCGAUGGUUUAGGGGGUCCAGCUAUCUCCCACCCUGGAGGGCCGCAGUCCCCUGCCCGUAGUGCUGAGAGCCUCCACAAAGGCCCCAGGCCUAAAACAGCUCUUCUAGAUGUCAGCCAGCGGCAGGAAAAUCACACUCUAGCAUCCAGCCAGCAGCAGCAGGCGCCACAACAAAACCAGGAGAGAGGGCUCAGACCUCUGGCAAAGCCCCACUCCAACCCCCUUAGGUUGGGCUCUCUUUCUUCAGUGGGUCCUGGAAAACCUCGGAGUCCCAGCCUUUUCAGCGUGGAAGAGGAUGAGGAAGAAGAUGGGGCAGAAGACAAAUGUUUGCCCCCCUGUACACUGCCUUCUCAAGUGGUGCUUCGUUGCAAAGCUUCCUCCUCAUCGUCGUCUUUGUCCGGUAAUCGGCUGACAUCUCGUAUGAGUGCUCCAAUUCUCAACCAGAUCCACGAGGAGGAUAAGGAGGACGAGGAGGAAGAGGAAGAGAGCAGGGAGUUGCAGGGACUUGGCCCGCCCAAACCCAGCCUGAGCCUCAAUCUGAACUCUAGGAUACCUUCACCUUCAACACUCAUGUCCUCACCUAAAACUGUUGGUGCACUGGCACCAGUUGCCACGUUCACUCCUAGCUCAGAGACUAGCGAUGAUGAUACAGAAAGUCACUAUAAACCUGACACAGUAAGUCUAGAUGAACAUGGGGUUGAGAGAGGAGGGAGGAAAGAGGAUGGAGAGAAAACGGGGGCAGGACAGGACAGUCCUUCCAACUGUGCCAGUCCUGGAUCAGGGUCAGGCCAAGGUAAAGGCACAGCCAAGGCUGCCAGCGGUCUGGUGGAAAGCCUAAAGCUGAUGAGCCUGUGCCUAAGCUCUCAGUUCCACAACUUAACGGGGGGAGGAGGGGGAGGUGGCGGAGGUGUUGCUGCUGGCAGUGCCGGCAGUGCUGGUGGAGAUGCCCAGGACCGUCCCAUGUGGAGAAUGUGCAUGGGCGGAUCCACUGGUAGUUUAGAUAAGGUCUCGCUCCUGGGUGGCCCCUCGCCCAGGGGCAACCUGUACCACCAGCCCCCGCUGGGAGACGCACUGGCAGAUCCACUGCUGGAGGGACCCUGCUCGGGCCGAUUGAGGCUGGGAGAGCUGGACCUGGCCCGGGAAAACCACAGAAACAUGAAGAACCGUGUGCUGCAGAUGCCUCUGAGCGACAAGACUCUGUCCGUCAACAUUCACCGGAGCCCCAAGGAGGGUCUGCUCUGCACGCCAACCCCACACAGCUGCUGCCAGGUCAUCUAGAGCACACCUCCACGCUCCUCCGCUCAUAUUCCUGCGACCAUUAUUAUUCUGCUUUCAUUUCAGUGAUGUCACCACAUGAAUGCGCAUUGUUUUUGCAUUUCUAUUUCUUCCCUUUUGUUUUGACACGCAUUGGUGAAUAACUGGGAGGUCCAAAUGCCAAAAAAUUGCACAUUUAGAGACAAUAAGUCUCCACGGAGGACACUGGGUGCAAUGCCAAGUAUGUGAAGCACUUUCAGCAGAUUCAACAAAACACGGAAGGGGGGGAGGUCCUAACCGGCAGGUGUGUUUAAAUGAUGAUACCGAAGGUGCUCACACUUUCACACUCUUAAAUACCGUAUGCGCACAACAUUCACACCGUCAGCACUCUGGUAAGCCGAUGAAAGGGAAAGCUGUAGAUUUUUUUUAAAGUAUCAUGUUACAUAUCAUCUUUUUGUUGUGUUU